UAUAAUGCGUGAUACAUACUCUUUAGGCGGGAGUGUAAGCGGCGUUCGGCCACCAAGUAUCUUACUACCUGAUGUAUCACCUAUUCCUUUGAGACAUCCACUAACUCCACUAUCGCAAGUUCAAGACAUUGCGUCAGUAACAGGAACCCGAGAGUCACGAUCUUUAUGUAACAAUAAAAUUGGAACACGUUCAGUUAGUCAGGAAUCUGUUUAUACUAUAUUAAUUAGAUUGCCACCAGAUUGUGGAAAUGCAAGCAAUGGCGUGGAAAUAACACCAUCAAUUAAAAUGAUACACGAAGACUCCCCAAUUCCUCCCACUAAUUUACUUCCACGUCGAACUUUACCAUCUCGAGAUUCUGAAUACAGUUUACCCCUUGGACGUCGAAUGUCACAUAUCUCUCCAGAUGUCAGAAUUCCUCUUAAUGCCAAAAUAAUUCCUAAACAGCUUGGUAAAUCUGUUCAUGCAGCUGGAAGAAACAUUGGAAAGAAAAAGAAAAAAUCACAAGAAAAACGCCAGGAAUCCAAAGCUGCAAAAACUCUUUCAGCAAUACUAUUAAGUUUUAUUAUUACAUGGACUCCUUAUAAUAUUUUAGUUCUAAUUAAACCAUUAACUACCUGUUCCGAUUGUAUACCAAAUGAGCUAUGGGAAUUUUUCUAUGCUCUUUGUUACAUUAACUCUACUAUUAAUCCGGUGUGCUACGCUCUUUGCAAUGCAUCAUUUCGAAGAACUUAUAUACGGAUAUUGACGUGUAAAUGGCACACACGAAAUCGUGAAGGCAUGGUUCGCGGCGUUUAUAAUUGA